AUGACGAGCAGUGAGGCAUACGUGAAACACGCCGACUUUCCUAAGAGCGUGGCAAUCGAAAUUGUUCCCAGCUUAACAAGCAGGGUCGAAUGGAAGGAAGGCUGCAGGGUGAUCGACGUUGGUUGCGGGCCAGGUAACGUUACGCGCGAGGUUCUGCUGCCAAAUUUGCCAAAAUCGAUCAAGACAAUUGUGGGCAUCGAUAAGUGUCCCGAUUUUGUCAAGUACGCCAAAAUCCACUACGAGUGGGCGCCAAUUACGUCCUUUAGGCUAAUGGAUAUCGUUGACGAUGACGUACCAGGCGAGCUUGAAGGAUAUUUCGAUUACGCCUUUUCGCUUUUUUGUUUUCAUCAAUUUCAUAACCACGAGGCCGCCUUUAGUAAUGUGGCGAGGAUGCUAAAACCUGCAGGUGAAUUCCUGUGCUACUUUCCCAUCACAUCUUCCAGUGUUUUAGUGUACAAGGCUUUUGCUGAGGAUGAAAAAUGGAAACACUACUUCAGCGAUUACGAGACCUACCGCAGCCCGUAUAAUGAAUCGUCUGACAUUAAAGAGGAACUUGAAACUAUGCUGGCCUUUGUUGGAUUUAAGAUAUGUUUCCUUAAAGUGGAAGAAAAAAAGCACAAAUUCUAUGUUAAAGACUUUCCUUACACCUGCUCUUCCUUUGGUAUAACAGUGCCGGAUCGCCUGAUGGACGAAUUGAUUGAAGACAUUCCAGCAAAGUUAAAGUCUUUGGAUUUAAUUAAAGUGGGAGAAGAUGAUGAAGAAUAUUUAGAUUAUACGUACAAUUUAGUCACGUUGCAUCUUGUAAAGAACGAUUAGUCCCGUUUUACCGAUUUGCAUUGUGUAUUAGAGAGGACGCCCGGUAGCUCAAGCACUUACAGUGACCCUAUAGAGAUAGUGUGGUCAUACGGUGGUGUUAUUUUCUAUGGGUAGUUGGGAGAUCAGCCAUGUUUUGGCCAAAUACCCUGGAAAUUAACAUGGAAACCAAAGUGAUGAAUUUAUCUUGCUGAAGACAAUAUUAUAACAACGUUAUUGUAACCAUAGCAAAAUCUACUAUUCGGUUAAACCAAUGAAUUCAAUGAUAAAUUGGAAAAAACAUGGCCGACAUGGAGCAUUAUGGCCACACUGUCUUUAUACAGUCACUGUAAAGAACUGGCUUUACGAUGUCAAAUUAUCCAGGUUUGAUUUUCCAGUUCUACCAACCCCUAUCUAUCAACUAUCAAACUACGUUUGUAUUAUAUUUUCCUAAAAUGGAAAUACAUGAGACUAUUUUAGUUU